UCAAGCCUCGCUGCGAUGUCACACCUAACAGUCUUGGAGUGUCGCUUAUCUCACUUCGGACAGCUUUAAAAUUUAAUGUAUUUUAAACUUUAGUUAUUGAGUUUCUCGCGUCGGAGUGCUGUCAAGUACAGGCAACAGUUAACUGCUAUUAACGGCAAGUGGACGGACGGAAUACGAAAGCGGAAGAACUUUGAGUUAGCCUAGUGCAGCGGUAGUUAGCCGAAGUAGUUAGCUUGACAGGCAGCUGAUAUAACGUUAGCAGCUAGCGGGCUAGCUUGCUCCUUUUUUGCUGUCAUGCCUGGAGCUCAUCGAGACUUCACUGCGUAAACGAGAAUACCUGGUAGUUAGCCGGUUAGCUUUCAGACGCCCAGCAGCAGUUUGUUCCGCCACCGAGGCGUAGGCAGGCAGGCAGGGCGGACUGGACUUGGAUCUGUGACAGGUCUGAACUAACCCACAGCUGAGGGUUGUGCUUUCCUACGGCGACCUGUGCUUCAGCCGUCUGGAGAUUGCUCACUAUCACACAUCCUAGACUUUGUGAUGAGAUGAGAGGAAGCCUGCUGUGCUGAGUUUCUACAAAAUGGUCGUGGAGCUGUGACAUCGCCAAAGCUUUAAAGGAAGAUAUCUCAGUUCGGCUCACAAGGAGUGUCAACCUUUCUCUUUGCCAAAUAACACCCGUCAAGACUGCAGAAAUGCUGACUGACAGCAGGAAACGACACCGUAGCUGUGACAGUGAGGAGGACCAACAGCUGAGUCCUCAGGCCAAGAGGUCAGGAGGGGGUCCCAGCCUGUUUGUGUCAGAUUUGGAUUCAGAGUCUUCCAGCAGCGACAGCAGUAACGGGAUCAGCAGUCCAGAGAGAGCAAUAGUGGCAACCACCAGGCCGUGCAUACACAGCCAGAACAACUGCAUCAACCAGUACUCCCUCAGCCCAAAGCCUGAAGACUCCAAUAGCUCCUUGCAGCAUGGUUUCCAUGGCGACGGCAGCCGUGUCUCUUACGACUACAUCAACAGAGUCCUGAGGGAGGCGCACUUCAGUAGUCUGCAGACCAGAGGGCGUCCGGGCUCAACAUGACCGUGACCUCUGACCCCCUCUCCUGACCUUUAGUCCCUGGCCCAUCAGUGCUGACACCACAGGCACGGUGGCUCCUCCUCGAAAGCCUCAAGCGACACACUCGGGGGGUCAGGGGGAAGGGGAUGACGUGUGGGGAGGUUUACAGAUUUUGGGCACAAAGGCUCAUCCCCACCUCACCAUGUACCAUUUGUCAAGACCAUAAGCACAUCCGCCUUUCCAUGGCCCAGCCACUGUGGUUUUCUGUGCAGUAUUGGUGUGUGUUUGUGUGUGUGUGUGUUUGCACGCACCCUGUGCACUUUAUAAAGAGGUAUCGUUCUCUUUACAUGCGUGCGUUGAUGCGUGGACAUUUUCAUUGGUGCUAAUCACGAGAAACGUGUGAUGAUCCAAAGUGCUUGCAAAACUAAAUAAAGCUAAGCACUUUACUCAAUAACUCCUCAUUCUGUUUACUCUCGACUGGGGACAUCAGUCGCAUGUUUGUAUCCGUGAAGUGGGAGCUGUGAUCCCAUUCACACAGGAAGUCCAUGGAGGCCGAUAGAGUCACUCCCAAGGAGCAUUAUUAAUACAAUCCAGUAAAAUAACAUUUCAGGCCUUUUUUGUUUUCUCUAACCAAAGUCACAACCUUAAAUUAUAGUGUACUUGCAGUCACUUUUGCUAUCUAAAUAAAUCUGUAAUGUUCUGGUGUGGUUGGUGAGUGGGUUCAAGGUAACAGAACAGAGAUUCUUCAUGAGCCUCACCACCAAAAUCCAACCUCAGAUUAGACCCUGGCUAAUUAUAGAGUUGUGAGAGCAGGCACUGGAGUCUGCGGCUCAGGCGGUGCAAUGCUCAGCACAGUGUGUCUCACAAAAACAGCCUCAAGAAAAAAAGCUCUCUAAAUCAGUUUGUAACCAUGUGUUUAACAUUUUACACAUCAUGUGUGUGGAUGCGUCAUACGCCUGUCAGCCAUACUUGUUUUUUUUUUUUAAAUGUAUGGUUCAAUAUGACCAGUACACUGUGUUGCGAAUAAAAUGAGAGAUGUGAAAGUGAUUCAUAUUUUAUGUAAUUUUCCAAAAUCAUUUGACAUUGAAAUAAAGCGUUGCUGAAAGUGAA